AUGGAUAUUGUGAAGCCGGCUGGCAAGGUUCUUCCUGUAGUGAAGCAUAAACUGUUUUUGUCACUUUUCGAGUAUGUUUUAACAGGAAAGAAAACAUGUGUAAACAGAGAUUCUCGCCCUCAUGUGUUUUUAAUAUUCGGAAAUAUAUUGCUGAAACUGAAAGGUCAAGUUAAUACACAGAUGUCUUCUGUGGCUCAUAACUGGACGGCAAAUCGUGCCAUUGACGGACGUGUUGGUCCAGAUCCUGAUACAUGUCACUGCUGCAGUGGAACGGAAAAUUCUCAGCUUUCAUGGUGGAAGCUUGAUUUAAGCCAAAAAAUUUCAAUCAAGUCGAUUGUCAUUUACAGCAGGGACGAAGAAAGUUAUUACCAACACUUGAAAGGCUUUCGGUUAUAUCUUACAAACAACACUGCGCAAGACUCAUCCGCCAUAAAUACCAAUACCAAUACAAACAUUACUGGCAACGCUUACGAAAUUAAUGUACCAAACACUUUGGCAAGAUAUGUAACUAUAAAGAGACCAGGGGUGCUAACAAUAUGUGAAGUUAUGAUCUUUGAAGGAGAGUGCAGGAUGGGAACAUAUGGUGAAGAAUGUAUGAAGGAGUGCCACUGUGCAGACAACAAACCGUGUAAUAAAGAAAGCGGACAGUGCCAAACAUUAAUUUGUAAAACAGGCUGGAAAGGAACGGCUUGCGACCAAGGAUGCCCACAAGAUAGAUUUGGUGACGGAUGCAAAGAACGCUGUUUUUGUGCGGAAGAUACCUGCACAACUAGCUACGGUGCAUGUCCUGGCAACUGCAGGCAAGGGUAUCACGGUCCUCAUUGCAACAUAGGUAUAACUAUCUUAAAGUCUGUUAUAAAUGAUAAAUAA